UCUUCCAACAACUCUCCAUACUUGCCGAGCCACCAAAAUGAAAGUCUUCAUUGUUUUCGCUCAUCCAGAGCCGCAAUCGCUUAACGGCUCCCUUCUACAAGCUGCAGUAGAGGAACUGGAAGCCCAAAGUCAUGAAGUUCAGAUCUCUGACCUAUACGCCAUGCAUUGGAAAAGCCACAUCGACCGUUCUGACUUCACACAGCUCACGCCAGAGACCCGCCUGAGGGUGGGCUACGCUUCGCGUGAGGCGACAUUAUCGGGCACGCUCACAGACGACAUCAGACGCGAGCAGGAGAAGCUGAUGUGGGCCGACAUCCUCAUUCUACAAUUCCCGCUGUGGUGGUACUCCAUGCCCGCCAUUAUGAAGGGCUGGGUGGAUAGGGUCUACUCGGCGGGCUUCGCGUACGGUAUUGGGGAGCACAACAAUGAGCGGUGGGGGGACAGGUAUGGAGAAGGUAAAAUGCUGGGGAAGAAGGCCAUGGUUGUGGUGACGGUUGGGGGAUGGAAGGAGCACUUCUCGCCUCGAGGAGUUUGUGGGCCCAUUCACGAUCUCCUGUUCCCCAUAACCCAUGGGAUGCUCUAUUACACCGGAUUCGAGGUCUUGCCGUCUUUCGUCGUGUACCAGUCUAACCGAGUGGACGAGGUCCUUUUCAAUGCAACAGCCGAAGAGCUUCGGAAAAGGAUGCGAGAGCUUUCCAGCACGCAGCCUAUUCCUUUUCGCCCCCAAAACGGUGGAGAGUAUGAGAUCCCAUCUUUGACCUUGAAACCGGAGGUGGAGGUGAAUUCUCAGUUGUCAGGGUUCUCUAUACAUUCUCGGCCUUCGAAGGAUAUUUAGGAUUCAAUGUAUUUAUAUGGUUAUGAAUGCAGCUUCCUAUCAAGCGAGUAUUGGACACUUACUUGAAACUCGCAGUGAUAGUGUGAAAGCGAUGAGAAC